AUGGAGCCGAUCUUCAACACCACCGAGGCGGCAAACGGGACGAGCAUCGUCAACGACACCAGUAACGGGACCGAUUACUCGAACCAGUUCGUGCAGCCGGUGUGGAGGAUCGUCCUCUGGGCCAUAGCGUACAGCUGCAUCGUUAUCGUGUCGGUGGUGGGCAAUGUGACGGUGAUCUGGAUUAUCAUGGCGCACAAACGCAUGAGGACGGUCACAAACUAUUUCCUGCUGAACCUGGCGUUUGCAGAGGUCUCCAUGUCGGUCUUCAACACCGUCGUCAACUUCACCUACGCGGUGCACAACGAGUGGUACUUCGGUCUGGGCUACUGCCGCUUCCACAACUUCUUCCCCAUCGCGGCUGUCUUCGCCAGCAUCUACUCCAUGACCGCCAUCGCCGUGGACAGGUACAUGGCCAUCAUCCACCCUCUGCAGCAGCGCAUGUCGGCCACAGAGACCAAGGUGACGGUGGGUGUGAUCUGGAUCCUGGCGCUGCUCCUGGCCUUCCCCCAGUACUACUACUCCACCACUUUCGAGCUCCCCGGCCGGGUGGUGUGCGACAUCAGCUGGCCUGAAUACCGCGUGUGCGACUUCAAAAUUAUGUACUAUGUGUGUGUGGCCAUCCUGAUCUACUUCCUCCCACUGCUGGUGAUGGCCUGUGCUUAUCUGGUGGUGGGAUUGACCCUGUGGGCCAGUGAGAUCCCUGGAGACUCCUCGGACCGCUACAAGGAGCAGCUGAUUGCCAAACGCAAGGUGGUGAAGAUGAUGAUCGUGGUGGUGUGUACGUUUGCCAUCUGCUGGUUUCCCUACCACGUCUACUUCCUGGUGUUCCAGUUCUUCCCUGAGCUGUUCGAGGAGACGUUCAUCCAGCAAGUCUACCUGGCCAUGAUGUGGUUGGCCAUGAGCUCCACCAUGUACAACCCCAUCAUCUACUGCUGCCUCAAUGACAGUGCCCUGCAGACCUCUGACUCUCUAACAGAAUGA